AUGGCGCCUCAUUCCUCGCAAUCAUCUGCCCCCUCGUCAUCUAUGAAGCGAAAGCAAGCGACAAUAUCAAGCUUCUUCACCCAAAAACCCGCCUCAACCGCGCUGAAGGACUCCGAAGCCACCCCGGCCAAAACACCCAAGAAGCGACAAGCUUCACCAAUCGAGAAGACGAACGAGGCCCAGCAGGAAAAUACGGCCCCAGCUGGGGUUGACGAGGAUGAUGAGGAUAUUAUGCCACCGGCCCCAAAGCGGGCGAAGACGACCGACACAGACGCAGAAGAGCCAAUUCGAGUUGCGGCAAGUAUGCCUUUCGAACACCCGUCCCAGUCGAGCAGCCAACGCACCGACAUCUAUAAAUUCCAAAGCUCCGCUACCGUUGCUCCAGCCCCCACAGAGAAUAAAGAUCCGGAGCAAGAAAAGCGAAGGAAAGAGAAGGAGAACCUACACAAGCAGUUCGUUCAGAAGCUCGGCGGAACGGACUGUCAAGUCGGGAUUGGAAGAACUGUAGUGAACGAUGUCGCAAACGUCGAGGCUGAGGAUGCAGAGGCAGAGGAAGAUGAUGAACCUCCACCUCCCCCAACUAAAGGCAAGGGCGCCAAGAAGGCCACAAGCAAACUCACGCCCAUGGAGAAACAGGUCAUUGAGAUCAAACGCCAGAAUAUGAAUACAGUGCUGGUGAUUGAGGUCGGAUACAAGUUCCGGUUCUUUGGAGAAGACGCACGCAUUGCAGCGAAGGAACUAGGCAUUGUGUGCAUCCCGGGCAAAUUCAGAUUCGACGAACAUCCCUCAGAAGCACACAUUGGACGUUUUGCUUCAGCUAGCAUCCCGGUGCAUCGAUUGCAUGUACAUGUGAAGCGACUCGUUACUGCCGGUCACAAGGUCGGCGUGGUGCGCCAGAUUGAGACGGCGGCACUCAAGGCUGCUGGCGACAACCGCAAUGCGCCGUUUGUGCGCAAGUUGACCAACUUAUACACCAAAGGAACCUAUAUCGAUGACGCCGAGGGCCUUGAGGGUCCUGCUCCGGCGGCCGGAGGCGCCUCACCUGCCACGGGGUACAUGCUCUGCAUGACGGAGUCCAGUGGUAAGGGUCACGGAAAUGAUGAGAGAGUCCACGUCGGGAUAGUAGCUGUGCAGCCGGCUACUGGUGAUGUUAUCUACGAUGAUUUUGAGGAUGGAUUCAUGCGGAGCGAGAUCGAGACACGAUUAUUACACAUCGCUCCCUGUGAAAUCUUGAUUGUCGGAGAGAUGUCUCGAGCAAGCGAAAAGCUCGUCCAGCAUCUGUCUGGCAGCAAAAUGAAUGUAUUCGGGGAUGCCGUGCGUCUCGAACGUGCUCAGAAACAGAAGACUUCUGCUGCCGAGGCACACAGCCAUGUAUCGGGAUUCUACGCAGGAAAGAUGAAAGCAACGAGCACCGAAGAGGAUGCCCAAGCCGCAAAGCUCCUUCAAAAUGUUCUUGGUCUCCCGGAGCAAGUGACUAUCUGCCUCUCUGCUAUGAUCGAGCAUAUGACCGAGUAUGGGCUGGAACAUGUGUUUGACCUCACGAAAUACUUCCAGCCUUUCUCUGCUCGCUCACAUAUGCUUUUAAACGGGAACACGCUGGUCAGCCUGGAGAUUUACCAAAACCAGACUGAUCAUUCGGCAAAGGGCAGCUUGUUCUGGACUUUGGAUCGAACCAAAACCCGUUUCGGACAGCGUAUGCUGCGGCAAUGGGUUGGGCGGCCUUUGCUUGACAAGGCGCGCCUUGAGGAACGGACAAAUGCCGUCGAAGAGCUUUGUGAUCCUGCUCGGGCGGGUCCUGUAGAAAGAGUUCAACGUCUUCUAAGUAAAGUCAAGAGCGACUUGGAGAAGAACUUGAUUCGCAUUUACUACGGAAAGUGCACGCGGCCUGAACUUCUCACUGUGCUUCAAGCCAUGCAGAUGAUUGCAAUGGAAUUUGCAGAUAUCAAGUCGCCCGCUCAUACUGGCUUUGAAUCAUCGCUAGUGAGCGAGGCUAUUGCAUCUUUGCCAACGAUUCGAAAGGACAUUGUUCAGUUUUUAGACAAGAUCAACAUGCAUGCCGCCCGUACUAACGAUAAGUACACCUUCUUCCGUGAAGCAGAAGAAACAGAAGAGAUCGGCGAAAAUAAGCUCCAAAUCGGAAGCAUCGAGCACAGCCUUUUAGAACAUCGCAAUGAGGCGGCUUCGACCAUUGGGAGAGGCAAAAUCGAGUACUCCACAGUUUCAGGCAUUGAAUAUCUGAUCGAAAUCGAGAACAACUCACCGGCAUUGAAACGCGUACCGGCAUCGUGGAUCAAAGUCAGUGGCACAAAAAGGGUAUCACGUUUCCACACACCAGAAGUCAUCCGGCUCGUUCGCGAGCGUGACCAACACAAAGAAGCACUAGCAGCAGCUUGCGACCAAGCAUUUGCAGCUCUAUUGGCCGAAAUCGCGGCCCAGUACCAAACCCUCCGGGAUUGCGUCCAGUCCCUCGCAACACUUGACUGUCUCUUGUCUCUCGCAGAAAUAGCCCAACAACCUGGCUACGUCAAGCCCGUGUACACAGAGGAAGCAGGCCUUCACAUCGAACAAGGCCGCCAUCCAAUGGUAGAGCAACUCCUCACAGACGCAUACGUACCCAACGACACGAACCUCCAACACGGCGGGACGCGCGCCCUCCUCGUCACAGGCCCAAACAUGGGCGGCAAAUCCAGCUACGUGCGACAGGUAGCACUGAUCGCAAUCAUGGGCCAGAUUGGAUCCUACGUCCCCGCAGCAUCAGCGCGACUGGGUCUGUUAGACGCGGUGUUCACCCGCAUGGGUGCAUUCGACAACAUGCUCGCCGGCGAAUCAACGUUCAUGGUCGAGCUCUCCGAAACAGCAGAUAUCCUCAAGCAAGCAACACCGCGGUCCCUGGUUAUCCUCGACGAGCUGGGCCGUGGUACGUCGACGCACGACGGCGUCGCUAUCGCGCAGGCCGUUCUCGACUAUAUGGUUCGAUCGAUAGGGUCCCUCACCUUGUUUAUCACCCACUAUCAGCAUCUCUCGCGGAUGGUACAGUCCUUCCCAGACCAAGCUCUCCGUAAUGUUCAUAUGCGGUUCACCGAGACGGGGAGCGAGGUUAAGGACGGAGAGGAGGAGAUUACUUUCCUCUACGAGGUAGCCGAAGGUGUUGCACAUCGCAGUUAUGGGUUGAAUGUUGCGCGGCUGGCAAAUCUGCCCUCGGCUGUCAUUGACGUUGCUCGUCAGAAGAGUACUGAGCUGGAGGAGUCUAUUCGCCGGAAACGGUUGACUGGGCUUGUUGGUGCUGUUGGUCGUGUCCUUGGGCCUGCGGAGUUGGCUAGUGAUGGGCUGUUUGAUAGGCUUGUGGCUAGUGCCGAGCAGCUGUAG